UGGUGAGCUGGCUUUUGAGUAGCAAGUGGAUUCUUCAAUUAUAAUUUUGGCCUUCACCGUUCCACAGUCUUCAGCACAAUGACCAAGCUUCUGGAGUGGCUUCUUGGUGUGUCGCUGAUCGGCAUGGCAUGGGGACUCGUUACCUUUGACCUCCUUGAUUUGCAGUUGCCUCCUCAGUAUAGAGAGCUGGCGUGGCCAAUGCCUGUAUAUCUGCUGGUGGCUUUUGGGUGUUAUUCACUGGCAACUGUCGGCUACCGUGUGGCCACAUUUAAUGACUGUGAGGACGCAGCCAAAGAGUUGCAAGCACAAAUAAAAGAAGCCAAAGAGGACUUGAAGAAGAAGGGACUGAAGAUGUGAAAAUAACAUCUUACUGUUUCUCACAUGCAUUACUAUUUUUUUCAUAUUACAAAUGCAAACCGUCUCAUUGUUUCUGUCUACUUUGUGAUGUCUGUACUACCAUAUGCACUCAGAACUGCUGCUCAAAGCUGUCACAACUUGGUUCAAGUCUUUUUUUCAACAUGAUGUAAAUAAUAGUUUGAAAUGUAAACACCUGCACACCUGUGAAUGAUCUAUUUCCAGAAUUAUGACAGUCUUAUUUAAAACAUUACAGGCACAUGCACGUAUUGUCAAUGUAGGGCAGUGCUAUUUCUGUACAACCUCCAGAGUGUGUGUAUUUGCAUUGGCCGGGGAAUGAAUACGUCUGUUUUUGAACCAGUUGUUUUUAGCAGAGUCAGAAUUCUGAGUCAGACUUAGAAACAAACCCACAAUGUAGAUUUGCGCUUGCACAAGGACAGCGUUUCAGUAAAUCAAAAUAUGUGGAAUAGAAUUUUGAUUUAAAAUAUAAACUAUUGGGACUGUG